GCCUGCAUACACUUGGGCUUUUCAAAAAUCGUUUUCUAAGUUUAAUCGUGUGUUUAUAUUGAACUUUUUCGCAUAUUAUGGUGUAUUGUGUGUCCAAUUAACUGUUUAUUGUGGUUUUUGGAGGUUCCUUUGGAUAAUAUGUCCAAAUGGAAUGUUAUGACGACAUGUUAUGGCUCAAUGUCGGUCUAACUCAAAAUUAAAGCAAUCACUAAGAGGAAAGUCACUAAGCUGUUCAAAUAAAGAAGAUUGUCUGUGUGCUGUCUGCUAUAACUGCAAUUUAGACGAGAGUAAUACACAGGUUAUAGAUUUUGUAAACCAUCCUGGAGGAAACGCUGACAAGAGCCCAAACACACUCCGACCCACCUCGGUGAUCAAUCUUAGAUCAUCUAACAGAGCAAAAGCUGACCAGCAGCCUUUACCUGAUGUCGGAGCAACAGGGACAUCUCCCACCACACAUUCCAACAUGAAAACUAAGCAGACCAAGGAGGAGUCUGACAAGAGCAUUGAUGAAGACACUAUCAUAGAACCCAAGACUCGUGCUCGCAAGAAAGCCUCGGACUUAAAUGAAGAUGACAAGAACAAACCCAGCCAGGAAGAACCCAAAACAUCCAAAGAAACUAAAAAACCUGUAAAUAAACCUAAAGCAGUAGUAAAGAAAUGGCGGUUGGGUAUCAGGAAAACUUUAAGAGGCAAGAAACGUAUUGUGACAAAGGAUAAGAUAAAAACUAUUGUCAAACAGGCUGGGAAAAGAGGUAGAAAACCAGCCAUUAAACCUGACCCUGACAUUUCUCAAGACAUCAAAUUAACAGUCUCAUUAAUUCCUGCAUCAGAAAUAAAAAAAGAACCCAUAGAAGACACUGCAUCUAAUUCUAGGUCAUCUAGCCCCAAAACAGCUGGCCGGAGGCAAAGACUUAGUUCAGAUAUGAUCAUGAUGAAAUCUGUGCUUGCAGACUCACCAAACAGCCUUGUGCUUGGCCCACGCACAAGUCCAUACUCCAUGCGUUCUGAAAGAAGCAAUAGUCCUUUACUCGCUGAUGCCAAAAAUCUACGUAGUGGAAAGCCAAGAAAAGUCAAGAAUAAUUUAUUAAAUGAGGUUGUAAUGAAAGAGCAAAAGAAGCGAAGACGUUUGCUAUCAGAUUCAAAGAAUACAGAUGUUCUGGAGAGCCCAGAAGACUGCAAAAAGCUUAAACGGGGACGUUCAUGCUCUCGGGAUGGUAGUGAAAUUUCUAAGAGUUCAGAUGUUACUGAAUCCGAUAUUAGUCUGAAUGAACCUUUCAAUGACACUGAAAGUAAAGAGCUCAACAAAAAAUUAGAUAAAUCUAAGACUGACCUAGAUGUAGAUAUUGAAAAUAAUGUACAGAUCUCUACUACAGAAAAAGUGCCUUCUCUUAAUGUUGACUCCAAUUUAGCAGAAAUCAGACCUGAAGCAGAACCUAGCUGCAUUACAAAUAAGAAGAAUAAGGAAAAAUUGAGCUUAAAACGAAGUACUUCAUUAGAUUCUGACAACAAUAAUAGUAAUAGAAAAUUAAGUUCAUCAGAAAUAGAAGAAAAAUUAUUAAAGACUGAUACAAUUUUUGAAGCACGUAGUAGUAUACUGACAAGUAUGUCCAAAACUUUUAAUUCAAAGGAAGUUUCUAAAAAUAUUAGAAAAGCACGAAAGGGACGAAAAGCUAUGGCCGCGUCGCGCACCAAUUCUACUGGUUCAAAUGCCUCUCCAGUCAAAGCCUGCACAACUAGCACUAUAGCUAAUGAUCCUUCAGAUGACAAGGGUGAGACUAUAGAGACCUUAUCUAAAGAGAUUGAUGAUCUCAUUAAUGAUCUGGAUCAACAUAUAGACCAAGAACAUGAUGAAAUGUCUACAUCAACUCUUGCGGAAAACACACCUGAACAAAUGCAGGCUAAAACAGUUUCCAAGUUCUAUGGAUUAUCCAAACCCUUAGGGGAUAAUAAUAGUAUAGUUACUCCUGAUACUCCAAUAAAAGAUAAGGAGUCAGUUACUCCUUUGACCAAUGAAACUACACCAUCCAAGACUGAUGAUAGUGAGAAUAUUAGGCUUCAUUAUGAAGAUUCUGCUGAAAAAUCAACAGAUGGUACUAAGGCUGAAAUACCAUUUAAAUGCAAGCCAGUAGUAGCAAGCAUAGACAAGCUAAUGGAUAGACUGAAAGAAUUUGAGGAAUUUGAUAAGAAAAGACAAAGACAGGAAUCUGAGUCCAAGUCUAGUGAAAGCAAACCAAUGAUGGUUACCAAUGAUGUAGUAUUGAUCACAAAAUCCGGCGCUGAUAUUAAGCCUUUGAAAGAUAUACAAUCUGUUCGUUCUCCAGAAAGGCCAAUUGAGAAAGAAAAUGUCUUGAGUUGUUUUGAAAAUAAUUCUGCUAUUUCAAUAGUCAAAAGAGAUCAAGUAAGAAAAUCGACAGAUGUUGACCUCCCUAACUCUGUCACUCUAAUUAAAAGAAAUAGUAUAAGCGCCCGUAAAGAAUCUACCAGUUCUAAUCACUCAAAAGAAUCUGAUGCUAUUAGCAUAUUUGAGAAAUCUUUAGGCAAAGACGUGACUUUAACAGAAAUAAGGAAAUCUGUAGAUAAGUCUGCUCCAGUCUCACAAGUGGAUCUACAUCAGUUUGCAACCUUGCAACCAAAUCAAAAUCAAGGCUUAGCAGGAGUGGUUAUAGACUCCAACCAAAUAUCCAUACUUCCUCGGAUGGCUAAUGAAACUAAGGGUAGUAAUAAUGAUAUUAAAAUUAUUAGCAAGCGUAAAUCAAGAGAAUCAUUAACAAAUAAAUCUACGGAUUCCACUCCUGAUGUUAACGAAGAGAAAAUGGCAAUAUUAGAGAAAAUAAAAUCACCACAGCACCAGAGUUCAGUAGCUAUUUUAAUCACACCUGCUCCUGUUGCUGCAAAAUCUGAAGAAAUGCAGCCUGUGGAAGCUGAGGCACUGCCUCCACCUGUGGUCGAGCCUAAAACAAUUCCUGAUGACACGUCUUUGACAACUGAGAUCCCAAAAACUGAUGGCAUUGAGAUAACCAAUAUCAGUGCGGUUACUCCUAAAGAAACUGUGGCAGCCACUGUUUUACCCGUGAAUGAGUCUGCAAAAGCUGAGGAAGUAAAGGUCGAAACUAAUAAAGCAAUCGUCGUGCCGCCUGACACUACUGCUGAAAAAAUGGUUGUAGAUGAGAAACCCAUUCAAACUAAAGACAAACCAGAAACUAAUGUCGCUAAAGUUGUACAAGAAGUUACAGAAAAGAAAGACGAAAAACCUAGUAUUAUACCUGAUAUGCUCAAGACGCCUGAAAUCGCUAAAGUUGUUAAGGCCAGGAGCAAAUCUGCUCGUAAUUCGAUUGAGAGUAUUCCAGGGCCAAGCAAUAUACUUCACGAGACACCGGAAAGCCGUGAACGUAAGGAGGCUGUGUUGCGAACGCUGGGUUUACUGACGCACAAGGCUGCCAAAGAGGCUAAGAUUGAAAAGCAGAAGGAGAAAGAGCGCAUUUACAAUAGCAAUAAGAAUAAGUCUAGUAAGGCUGGGUCGGGCGACUACACUGGGACGUUGAAGACUGUGAUAAAGUUGAAUCGUGGUACGGGAGAAAGGGAUAAGAAGAAGUAUAGGAGUUCGUUGAAGAUGACCUUCCAGAAAAGCAAGCAUCGGUCCGGGAAGUCUGCGCCGGAAGGAGAGGCUGCAGACGAGGAGGGCGCUUACUACACGAUCGAGAAACGCGAGGGCGGCGCUGGCGCAGCAUCCGAUGGUGGGCACAGAAAGUCACAUUACAGUAAUCGCCUUAACAACCAUGACGCAGAAGCGGCGCCCGAGCCGGUCGAGCCCAAGGAAACCCUGAACCUGGUCAUCCCAGAGAAGGCGUCCUCGUUCAGCAUCCACCCUGGCCGGCUGUGCAUGGACCAGUGCUUCUACUGCGGCGGCAAGUUCGGCCUCUUUGACACCCCCUGCCACAUCGCGCAAAUGAAGAGCUCCGAUAGACAGAAGAAGGUUUUGGACAACGAGGAGAAGUUGACUAUAGACAGCUGUUUGUGCGACGCCUGCUACCGCCACGUGGAUCGACGAGCCAACUGCCCGUCGUACAGGAAGCGGCCGCUCGUCAAACCUGACGCCGCGCUCCUGCAGCCUACCGCGCCGCCUGCCACGCAACCGGAGAAAUUGCCGAGCCCGCCUUUAGAAGAAGAGAGUGACGAAGAUAACACGGCUCCAUCUUUGGCGAGCGGGCGCCCGGCCACGUGCCACACUGAGGGGUGCUCCAGCGUCGCGGACAACUCCAUACGGCGCAAGUGGCUCAUCAAAAUGAGGAACAGCGUCAACAAAGUGCUAAAGCUGAAAUGUGACUAUCCGGGCCUGCACACGAUCCCGCUGUGCGCCGCUCACUACCGCUCUCUGUCCGUGUUGAUGUCGUGUGUGCUCUGUCGCCGGGUCACCAAACAUAACGCGCAUCUGAUCCACCAUGGCUUCCUGGAGCUGAACCCGCUGCUGGCGGAGGCGGGCGUGCCGGUGCAGUUCUCGGAGCGGCCGCUGCUGUGCAAGUUCUGCCGCGCGUACUGCUCUCUGCUGCAGCGCGCCGGCCCCGCCGCGCGCCUCGCGCGCAGCUACAGGCGCAAAUUGCUACAAAUCUACAACAUAGAAGUGCCGCCAGGGUCAGACAACGACGCAGAUGAAGCCACGAUGGUGCAAGAGGAGGCCAACGCCAGCUUCGGCAAGCAAAGGAAAAAACAGCGCACCAAAUCCAAACAGAGGAAAUCUACGGAACCCGAUAAAGCUGACAGCGAAUCCUCCGAGAGGACCACUCCUCAUGAUGAUGGAUCCCCGGAGAAGAAAGAGGACAGCAAUGACGGACAAAAACCUAUCACUAUUGAACAGAAACCAACACUAGAACAGAAAACAGAAGUAUUGGAAGAAGACAUAGAAAGCCUUAUCUCUUCCAACAAAAUACUAGUCCCCGGAGCUGUGAAACCACCAGAACCGACACACAGUGAUGAGUCAGACGUCUAUGACUUUGAAGCUCCCAUAUUGGACAAACAAACGGAACUACAGUACUUAUUGCAGAAACAGAAUAACCCCGCACAGUUCAUGCAGAAACCUGCCAAUUUGACGCUGAAGCAACGCAACAUAAUGAAGAUGCAAACUCCAGGGAUCCAAAAACCUGGUAACCAGCACAGGAUAAACGAGAAGAACGCCAAGAAAAUACAUAAAUUAGGUCACAUUAUAGCGCACAAAGAAAGAAUGAACAAGAAGGAACAUGAGCUACAAAUAUUUGACCCCGAUAAAGGUUUACCUCAAGAUGGCAGUAUUCCUAUCCUCAAAAACAUUACUCUAAAUGAUGAAUGUACUAUAGAAAGUAUACCAAAUAAGAAACCUGCGGAUAUUACAACAUUGAAAAAUAAAUGGCAGAUGUCCGAAAGCUUCACUCAGGUCAAGAAAAAUCUUAGUGAGCUGUCAAAGAAAUUGGGUACAGAAAAGGAGCCUAAUCCGAAAAAAUCUGAUACUAAAUAUUCUAACCCUGUGAAGCGGUUAGAGACAAACCCUUCGAUAUCUGUCCGGGAACUAUUCCCCGGUGAAGAAGAAAUGAACCUGCAUUGUAACAUAGACUUCAAUAACGUAAAAGGCGUGACUCCCGAAGGUUGGGAGAAAUGCAAUUCGACGAUUCAAUAUGACGUGGAAACUAAAAGGCUGUGGAACGAGUUGCAGAGACCGUACGGGAACCAGUCGAGUUUCAUGCGGCACUUGAUUUUGUUAGAAAAGUACUUCAGAAACGGUGAUUUAGUGCUGUCUCAUAACGCGACGCCUCACGCGGCGAACUAUAGCGAUUCUGUUCAGAGUAGGCUGCGGGCUUACGAUAACGUCGUGAACGAUACUCCGCGGCGCAGCGAACCGGCCAUCUCCCUGAUGGAGUUCCGCAAGAAGCCGUCCAUCAAUGGCAAGAGUUUGCUGAAAACAAGCCAUAACCCUGAUGAUAAAGAUCCCAAGAAGUUCAUGCCUCCGCCGCCAUUCCCAAAGCCGAAACCGCCAAAAGCGGACAAGUCCAAAUCUAAAGCUUUGCCUCCAGAGUUGAUAGCUAUAAAUACCCCGAACGCGCAAGGCAGGAAAGCUAUACAAAAUGUCCUGCAGAACAUACAGCAGUUGGUGAAAGAUGUUUCGGCGUCGGAUCCCACAGAGGUCGCGGCCGCGCCGCUGCCGAUCCCUAAGUUCGAUCCCCCCAAGUUUGAGCCCCCUAAAUUCGAGUCUACUAAAGUGGAUACUCCUAAAGCAGACCCCCCCAAAGAGAAGAGAGACACUCCUAAGAGCGAUACACCGAAGCGGCAGAAGGCCAAGAGCAAACCCUGGAGACCCACCUUGAUGCCGAUCACACCCGAGAACCUGGCGAAAGCCGCGAGUGAGCCGCCGCAGGUGGCCGUGGACGGGCGGUUGCUGCCCAGCCUCGUGCAGGUGAAGACUAACCAGAAGAGGUACCACAUUACCCUACAGGACUACAACAAGAUGUGUCUCAUCAGGCGGGAGAAGAUGAAGCUCCUGCAAGAUGGCGACUCCAGCAAAUCCUCCGAAGAAACUACCGUGGUCACUGAAAUACAGCCCUCCGCGUUAUUGGGCAACGGCGGCACGGUCGUUCAGAACAUCUCCAUCACGGAGGACAAAUCUCAAGAUAAAAAGGAACUGCCCGAACUCGGACAGAUCGGCUCCAACGCGGCCACCAUACUCAAAAACGUCGGUUUGAAGAACAUCACCAUCGCGCCCAUUCCUCCGAAGACGGCGACCGUGACUUCACAAACCCUGCCGUUGCCGGCGGUGUCCUCGCCGUCGCUGCUGGUGACGUCGAUGCCCAAAAUCCCGCAGUUGGGGCCUUCUGUGUCAAUAACCAGCGAAGCGGUGCUGACCCCUAAUUUGCCGAUCAUGUCGGCGAGCCACAUGAUCAUGCCGAAGAUCCCCAAGUCUCUAACGGUGAUCCCGCAAACGGUGGUGUCGAGUGUCCCGCAGACGGCCGUGGUGACCCCCAGCAUGAGCCAGAUGGGCCCCGCGCCGCAGGAGGGCUCGAGGCCAUAACGAAGCCUGAUCUUCGUGGUCGUCUAGCAACGACCGCAGUGACCGCUACGCUACGGCCGUAGAUCGCUCGCUCCCCAGCCCCGCCCCCACAUAUACAUAUCGGACCCGCAGUGUAGUGUAGUCACAGACUGUGAACUGUUUGACCCCCCUUAAAUUAUUGAAAAAUCCCUAUUUUCGUAUUGCUCGUGUUAGUGAGAAUCGCCUCGAAUGGAACGAUGUGAAGUGAGACGUAAUGCAAUAUGCUAAGUGAGACACCGGUUGAGCCUUAAUAAUUAUAUACUGUGUAUAUACUAGUGUAGGAAGUUGGACAUAAUGCGCUGUGAAUAAUGGUGACAAGGAUUGUGUUGAAUAUAUUAUUUCAAAUAUUAGUUUUUUUUUAUUUAUGCAAAUGAUACGAAGGUUACGAGGCCCCUGCCUAUAUAUAUUUUCUGAAUCAUUCAUAGUAUAGAAAUAAUUCGUGGAUAAGUAAAUUUCUAAGAAAAGCUGUCUAGACAUUAACUUAGUAGUAUAAGGUAUAGGAUAGCUUUUUCGUAAGCCUAAGUUUGUGUUGCCCAACCUUCAAUAAAUGAAAUAAUAAAAUUAAUCCGUUAGCCCAAUUUGAAUUUACUUGGACAUGGGGAUAAUUUCAAAAUUCUCUAGUCAGGUUUAUUUAUGCAUUUAUAAUUUAUUUGAUCAUGUUCGCUCUCUGCGCCUCGUAUCAUUCGCGUGAACUUAGACAAACUUAAUGUAUAGAAUUGUAUAGCAUAAAACUAUAGAAUGAAUAUCUCUGAAUAUUUUUCCAUCAUGUAAUUGUAAGAUUUAAUACAAACUAAUUAUACGCAAUGUUCAUAGCAUUGAGCACCAAACUACCAAAAACCGCAUUUUCCCCUUCACUGUACUUUCCUCAAUAUGUAAAGUGGAAAUAAAACUGUUCCUUUAUGAUAAAUACAUGUAUUGUAUGUAGUAGAAGUAGUACAUUGACACAAAAGUUUAAAAAAAGUUCUUCUAACAACUAAUAUUAAAGUAUUUUGAAAAUUACCUAAAAUAAAAUCUGCUUAGUAAAAUAACACCACAUAAAUUUAAGAUUAAAUUUGUGCCUAAUCAAGGAAAGUAAUAUUUUGUUUACAAAAUCAAAAUUGUAAAUAGCUGUCUGAUACAUAAGUUAACAAAUGGAAAGUACCAACCAACCCCUAUAUUUCAUGAAGCUCAUGGUUGAAAAUCGUAUGUUAAAAUACAAUAUUAUAUAUAUAUUGUUGAGAAUUACUAGUAUUUUAUUUUGGUCCAAUGAUAUAUAGAAUACGGUCCAAUGUUAACAUAUAGAUGUUGUACAGAAAUAUAAUAUUUGUUAAGGUGAUGUGCUCAGAAAAUAUAAUGCUCAUGACAGGUCGCAGAGAUCUGAAGGUAUUGUGGUGGAAGUCAUCGCCUUAACAGAUUAUUUUGAAUGUUAUAAUACUGCUAGUAUUUUAGUAUUUGGAAGUUUCAUGCAUUGUUUUUGUUUUGGUCAGUUGGUAUUGUAAUCGUGGAGUACUGCUCACUUGUUUUGAACAAAUUGUAGGCCUCAUAGCCCGGAUGUUUAGUUUCUUCCAAAGAUAGUGUGUUAGUUUACAAUAUUAUUUUUUAGUUUUAUGUUCGGCACGCACAUGUUAUGUUACGUGCCGGAGGUAUGUAUUUGUCUAAUAAACAUAUCCUUAUCUCCUGA